CCUUGGAAGCACGCGUUUCGUAUCUCUUUCUUUCUUCGUAUCUGCUUCUUAUUUCGAUCCCCACGUCCGCGGCGACGCUCCCGGGACCCAACAAGGAUCUCAAGGCUGCCGAUCGACUCUCCGGCUGUCCUUUCGUAGAAUCCCUUGAGUUGAGCUCUCCGGUAGUUCUGACUGUCAUUGUGAUUCAUAAUCUUCUUUGCUUCUUAUCCUCGUGGGUGGAGAUGGUAAAGUUGACAAUGAUAGCACGGGUUACUGAUGGCCUACCUUUAGCAGAAGGAUUGGAUGAUGGUCGUGACCAGAAAGAUGCUGACUUCUAUAAGCAGCAAGCAAAGCUUUUAUUCAAGAACCUCUCAAAAGGUCAUUACGAGGCUUCUAGAAUGUCCAUUGAGACUGGUCCAUACUUUUUCCACUACAUUAUUGAGGGUCGUGUUUGUUACCUGACAAUGUGUGACCGUUCUUACCCUAAGAAGCUUGCUUUCCAAUACUUGGAGGACCUCAAGAAUGAAUUUGAGAGGGUCAAUGGGAGUCAAAUUGAAACUGCUGCAAGACCAUAUGCUUUUAUCAAAUUUGAUACUUUCAUACAGAAGACCAAGAAACUUUAUUUGGACACCCGCACCCAACGUAAUAUGGCAAAGCUGAAUGACGAACUAUAUGAAGUCCACCAAAUAAUGACUCGCAAUGUUCAGGAGGUUCUUGGUGUUGGUGAAAAAUUAGACCAGGUCAGUGAAUUGUCAAGCAGGUUGACAUCUGAGUCUCGAAUCUAUGCUGACAAAGCAAAAGACCUAAAUCGACAGGCUUUGAUUCGAAAAUGGGCUCCUGUUGCCAUUGUGCUCGGAGUUGUCAUGCUUCUGUUUUGGGUUAGGAAAAAGAUAUGGUGACUGCUGAUCAGAUAGCAUCAACAUCUCUCUGCAUUAUGUGCCAUUUCUUUGGUGUUGCUCAUAUAGGUAUCCUUCUCGGCUACUAGGUGUUAUAAUGAGUUUUCCAUGGCGAUGGAAGCACAGACAGAUGCACUCGUUUUCCAAAUGAUGAGAAUACAUCAGGUGCAAGAAUCAGUAGACUACUAAACAUUUUCCAGGGAUUCAGUAUAUACAUUAUGGAGAUUGUUGCUCCUGAAAUCUAUUGCUAUAUCGUCUUCAAUUUUUGGGACAUCAUGCAAAAUUUUUAAGGUUGCAUCUAGCUGAUUUUUCAACGUUUUUGAGAAAGCUGCUACCGUCGUUAUGUUUGUGUUGCAUUCCAAUUAUACCAUUGUGGCAUCCGCAA